AGACGCUCAUAACAUUAAGAACCCUUUCACGUAAAGUUAUGGCAUAUUAACUGGUGACGUUUUAGCACUGUCUUGAGUUUCUAUUCUUGCUUGCAUACUUGUGCUUACAGAUAUUCGAACAAUGUAUUAUCAGAUGUUUUUAUUCUGGUGCAUUUUCGAUACCUACGUAUCGAAACUUGGCGCAGCUUGUAAACAGUAAUGUUACGCGCAACUCGUGACCUGUGCGAUAGUCUAUAAAACAUCGAAUGCCUCUUGUUAGUGGCACUUGUCACAGACAAAUACGGGGGAGACUGGACAGGUCUGGAAGUGAAAAAACAAACAAACAUGUUUGCCAUUGAUUUAUUUUUUAUGAAAAUGGUCCUGCAGCUCUGUAUGAGUAAUCUUUCCAAGGUCUUUGCAAGUCUGUCAGAGAAGGUCUGGAUCUGGAUCGGGGUGAGAAGUUUGCGAGGAAGCACUGCGAGAAAGACUGAACGAGACAGCUGCAAAGGAAAUAUCCAGACGCCAAUUCCAACAAGUGUCAAUUACCAUUUUACUCGGGUCUGCAACUACAAGUGCGGCUUUUGUUUCCACACGGCAAAAACGUCAUUUGUUCUACCAAUAGAAGAAGCUAAGAAGGGUCUGCGUUUGCUUAAGCAAUCAGGGAUGGAAAAAAUCAAUUUUUCUGGCGGAGAGCCCUUCUUACACGAAAGAGGUGAAUUUCUGGGACAGUUGGUUCAGUUCUGCAAACAAGACCUGCAGUUGCCAAGCGUCAGCAUUGUAAGCAAUGGAAGCAUGAUAAGAGAAAAAUGGUUUCAGCGAUAUGGGGAAUAUCUAGACAUUUUGGCGAUUUCCUGUGACAGUUUCAAUGAGGAGACCAACUCUCUGAUUGGCCGAAGACAGGGGAAGAAAAGCCACUUGGAAAACAUAUACAAAGUGCAGAACUGGUGUAAAGAGUACAAAGUGGCUUUUAAAAUUAAUUCAGUCAUUAACACUUUUAACGUAGGAGAGGAUAUGAGAGACUGUAUCAGGGAACUCAACCCAGUGCGCUGGAAGGUAUUUCAGUGCCUGAUUAUCGAGGGGGAGAAUGCUGGUGAAAAUGCCCUGAGGGAGGCUGAGAAGUUUGUCAUCAGUGACCAACAAUUCCAGGACUUCCUGGACCGCCACAGUGACAUGGAGUGUUUAGUGCCAGAAUCAAAUCAAAAGAUGAGAGACUCAUACCUCAUCCUGGAUGAAUAUAUGCGCUUCUUGGAUUGCACAGGAGGCAGAAAAGACCCUUCAAAGUCCAUCCUUGAUGUAGGUGUUGAGAACGCCAUUAUGUUUAGCGGCUUUGAUGAGAAGAUGUUCAUAAAGAGAGGUGGAAAAUACACCUGGAGCAAAGCAGAUAUGAAACUGGAGUGGUGACUUAUAGGAAAGCUUUUGUACACCAGCAGCAUAUACAGUAUUUUGUAUUCCAGAUAAAAUGUUUAGCGAUCAAAAUAUAGAAGAUUUACAAAAUGUAAAAUGUCGAGACUAAGAUUUUGCACUUAUAUUUUGUGGAAUUUUCAAACCUUGUCAUAUUUAUAUACAUUUUGCAGUGUAUGUUUUAAUAAUUUUAUACUUAGCACCAUGAUACAUUUUGUGUUAUAGCUGAAAAUGUAAAUAUAUUCCUACAUUUUGCACUUUAUAAAUAAGGAAUGUUUAUUUAUAGUAAGUGAUCCUGAUAAUUAACUUUUAUCUGCAGGCAUUAUAUUAUCAUUAUUAGUAGUAGUAAGAGUAGUAGUAGUAGUAGUUCAACAGAUUAUUUUCAUCACUUUGUCCUACCAUAUCUCCAGACCCCUGUAUUUGUUAUAUUCUCUCUUUACUUUUCUGCUGGCCACUUAACACUUCCCUCUCUUCAUUCUCUUGCCUCUGAUUCUCCUCACUUGCAACUCUGAGUAUCUACCAUCACCUUCUUAAGACCCACCUCCUGCUCAGACAGCAUCUGUCCUUCCUGUGAUCUGUUCCUUCUUACAGCACAUAAUCUGUCACCACAAAUACAGCCUUACUUCACACUACCCACUGUGUUACAUCAGAUGCCAUACCUGUAUUGAACUGUUCAGUUGUAUUAUAUGGUAUUUCUUAAUUUAAUUAGCUAUGAUUAUUAUUUUUGUAUUCCUGUGUACAGUAAGCAUUUGCGUUAUGUUGUGUUUUUUUUAAGAAUGUAUAAGCUAAAUAAUAUUUAA